ACAUUUUUUUUUUAGUAAAAAAUCAGUAACUGUGAGCGAAACUUGCGUUGCAGAAAAUAUGAAGUCCUUUGAGUGCUUUUUCUUUUCUUAUCUUAUCAACUAAUAAGCGUAUAUAGAAAUUAUCUUAAGAUUUUUUGUAAAUUAUAUAAAUAGAAUUAGUGCAUAGUGUUCUUAGUGUCUAGUGAGUUUCAUUCAUAAAACCAUGGAUACUCUCAGGUUUUACUUCGUGACCUGGAACGUAGCUACCAAGAAUCCAGGUCAAGAUUUGAACUCACUCCUGGAUUUUCCAUCACAGUUUAAUAAAAAUAAGCCUUUACCUGAUUUUUAUGUGAUUGGCCUACAAGAAGUUAAAUCACAGCCUCAGAACAUGCUGAUGGACACACUAUUUAGUGAUCAGUGGACAUCUAUGUUCAACAAAAUACUGUGUAGACAAGGCUUCAUCAUAGCCAAGAGCAUAAGACUACAGGGUAUUAUCCUGCUUGUGUACACGCAGAUGAAACAUGUGACACAUCUCAGAGAGAUUGAGGCUCAGUACACGAAAACUGGCUUAGGGGGAUUAUGGGGUAACAAGGGCGCUGUUAGCGUGCGCUUCAACAUCUACGGCUGUUCGGUCUGCCUGGUGAACUGUCAUCUGGCGGCGCACGAACACCUACUGGCGGAGAGGAUCAGCGACUACAACACCAUCAUCAAGGAUCACGCGUACCACAUCAGUGAAACCUCAAAUAUAUUGUACCAUGACUAUGUGUUCUGGAUCGGCGACCUCAACUUCCGCACCGACCAUCCUGCCGGCAGCAUAUCCUCAGAGGAGAUAGUGACAGCCCUGGGUAAAGUGGAGAAGGACAAGUACGCGGCGCUGCUGAAACACGACCAGCUUCUGGCGGUGAUGGACAGCGGCGACGCCUUCUCCGAGUUCUCCGAGCCCGAGAUCCGCUUCCCGCCUACUUACAAGUUCAACAUUGGCACUGAUGAUUAUGAUGUAAAACGUAAACCCUCAUGGACGGACAGGAUAUUAUACAAGGUGAUAGCGAACAACUACGAGAAUAUAACUCUACGGGCAGACCUGGUCUCGUACAACCACAUCCCGCACUACACAGUCAGCGAUCACAAACCGGUGGUCGCCCAGUUUAAUAUUAAGAUACGCAAUGGAUUCACGCGCGCCGUCACAGAAACGAAGGCCCCGCGUUCCGGCAUACGCAUGCGAUCGGCGUUAGUCGCGCCGGUUGUGGCAGAGGCCGCGGUAGAUGAAGCCAGCAGCUCAGUAGAACAACCUAGUUAUACUGAUGCGAACGAGGCAUUCUCAAACUACACAGUGAAGACGGUGGAGUUUGCGCCGGUCACGCGCGUCUGGUAUAUCGGCGACGCGGACUUCAGGACGCAGUGUACGCUGUCACCCGAUGUGGAGGUUAACGCUAAUGACUGGAUCGGGAUAUACGAUGCCAACUUCCACAAUCUGGACGACUACAUAGCGUACGAGUACCUGUCUAAGGUCCAAGUACAACCGCCGACUGCGGCAGGCCAGCCAAGAACCAUCACGCUGAGCUUCCCAGUUGGUAGCGGUGUACGGACGCCCGGGUUCUACCGGUUCAUAUACUUCAGCCAACCGAAUAACGACGUUAGGAGUGUGCUAGGCAUAUCAGAGCCUUUCGAAGUCAGCAGUAAAGAGGACAAGCUAGUCGCCUUAGACGUAGGAGUGGAGCCGUCAACGAGCGCUGGACCUUCCAAGCCGAGUACGGCCACGUCAGACAUAUUCACAGACUUCACAGGCUUAGAUGUGGCCAAGCUGUCCCGCCAUUUCUCCAACGAUCUCAGCAUUGACUGACUAAGGGGAUACCUGCCCGGUUCACCGGCGACACGACGGAAAGAGACGUAAGAUCCAUUAGAGAGAGAUGCAAUAUUCAGUGUAACAGUGUAAGUGGUAUAAAGAGAUGCACAUUUCAAUGAGACGUACUUCAGUUAACUAGAAAGAGACGCAACUUUUGAGACGUAAGAGUUCAGUAAUUAGAAAUACGCAAAUUGACGUAAUGGGAAAGUGUUUUAUUUAAUGUGUGACAAAAUAUUAAAGUGAGAUUCGACAAAGUAUAAAAAGGUAAUAUAGUUAGUAACUUAACAGUAAUAAAAAUGUUUAUACAGCUUGUAACAUAGCUGUCCUAGUCUGUCAAUAGUGUAUUUCAAAUUAAAAGACAAGGACAGCUAGUGAACUAUCCGUUGUACCCACCACUCAUCUGUAUGAGUAAGGCUUCUUACAGACGAACGACACUUCUUGUCGACGGCACGCGUCGACGACUGCCGUUCGUCUGUAGUGCUCUAACGCCUCUAGUACAUCGACGCUGCAAACUGCGAAACAGCGGCGAAUCUGCGAAACAGGAAUAGAGCGAGA